UAUCAACAUAAAAUAAAAAUGAAGGGAAAGUUUUGUUUGAUUAUUUCUCUUAUGAUUCUCUCACUGGCGAUUUCAUCAUACGCCGUUUUAACUCAAUCAUACAAGUCUAAAGAAGAAAACAUAGAAGAAAUGAUUCACAUUCGGAAGAUAAAGAAGAUCGUAGCACUUCCGAGUAAAUCGCCACGCGAUCGUCAGUGGGGUGGGAGGGAGCCGCCGUCUCUAGCCGCAGCCCCAAAUGCAGUCUAAGGCGUCAUAUAUGUUUUUUAUAUUUUAAUUUUGUAUGAACCUUAUAGUAUAUAGUUUAAGUGAAAUAAUAAGAAGAUAACUAAUGGCUCGAUGUUUUGAUUCUUUUCUAGUCUCCCUAUUUAUCUUCUUGUUGUUGUUUCUCCAUAAGAAAAGAUUCAAAAAAGUCAGCGAAAACACUUGUCCUCAUUCAAAAUGUUUAUUUAGAUAUGUACCGUACUGAAUACCGU